AUGAGCGUCUCAAGCGACCUUGCGCAACUGCAGAGGCCUUUGCGUUACCUGCAGGCGCAGUCUCAAAAAAAGCAGGAUGAAGUUGCACGGCUGAAGCGUCAACUUGCUGAAGCCGAACAAGAAGUAAAAGGCCUCCAGGCUGACUACCUAAAAACCAUCAUUUACUAUGCUCGGACCGACUGCCUUCAGCUGGCAAGCAUGAUGUAUGAGAAGCUCCCUGUCGAAGUACGUGAGAUGGUGUACGAGUAUCUCUGUGUAGACGCCGACCGUACGAUUCCAGUUGGCCCCUACUAUCAUUUCCGUCCAUAUGACAAGCCGUACGUCUAUCCUCCAGAAGCCGAGACGGACUGGGAACCGGAACCCGACAUGCUCGAAAAAAAUGCCGUCAUAGGGUCAGCAUCCGGUGCACCCGGCAACAGCGCACCAAUAGCACGCAGGCGGCCAGUCAACUGGGGUGAUGAAUUGCAAGUAGACCCCGAGCUCGUUGAGCGCGUGUCCCGCUUGCAUGUCGACGAAGACCAAGAAGAGGCGGCAUUAGGUAGCAACUAUACCAUCCUAUCAGAUGGCCGAGUCAAGGAAAAGCACACCCAUAAGCCGCCUAGCGACAUGGUGCUUCCUAGCAGUCAUUUCCUGGACCACAGAUACGUUGGCCCAUUAGUGUCGCAUGAGAUGCAGAAGGUGUACUACACACGGAACACCUUCUCUAUAUGCACCGUCGAGGAUGCUCUUAACAAUUUCCUAGGCCGGGAAACUUGCUGUUAUAGCUGGGAGAAGGGGGAGGAUGGUCUUUCUCCUAUUCACUCUCCGAGCGUUGGGGAUGUGCCGCCAUUCCUUGCAGCAGAACACAUACGGCGUCUGCAAGUCCGGGUCAAGUUUGAGCAUUUCCUCCAGGAACUUCCGAUGAGGCGAUGUUUCUUCGAUCAAUACGCAUACGAGCAGCGCUUCCUGCGCAUAACCUGGAAUUAUCUAGACGGACUCGUAGAGUACCUGGCGCGUCGCCCCAAGAGUAAGAUAGAGAUUGAGUUUGUCAUCAUGAGCGAGUUGCCAAAAUCGGAUGGCCUCAUGCUGCAGGAUGAGUUGAACGAUGCAGAGGUAGAGCGCGAGCGUUAUUAUAUCAACUUUUUACAGUGCAUCCGGAACAUGGUGUACAGGGCCAUGUACGACAACGAAGAUACUGUGGUCAAAGUCACUCAUUACGAUGCAAAGAAUUGGGCGUUCCCGAGGGACAUUACCGGUGUGUUUGGGCUGACGAAAGAACAAUGGGAAUAUGUAAGU